UAAAUUAAUAUCUUGAUAACUUCAGUUCGAUUAUGACAAGGGACGGAAAGAAAUGUUCACUGAAAAUGUAUGUUGCUCUGAACGUGCAACCGAAAUCCAGACAAGGAGUAAUGUAAUUAGUUGUCAAGCUACUUGUGAAUCUUCCGUAUAAAAUUGGAAACGAGAAAGCUUUAGAGUAAUUUAGGCAACUUAGUAAAGUCAGAAAUGUUACUAGACUGAUGUGUUCAAGACAUAUAUGUAUGACGUACGCGACAUUCUGUAGUUCCAAAACAUGGAUUUUGUCGGUUACGUUCUCGAUUAAAUGGUUAUUGUUUCUUAAUUUGUUUUGGCGAAGUGUGCGUUAACUCUUGUUUAAAUUCCUAGAGGAUCGCAACGAUUCAGUGCAAUGAUCAGUUCCUUUACAGUACGAAAAUAGGGAAAGUGUGCGUGCCUACAGUAGAACUGCCAUGAUAGAUCCGAACGCGUCUUCGUCUUAUUCCAAAAAAGUCCGAGAUUGUUAGCAAAAUGCGUGAUUUCUGUUGUCAGGAGAGCUUCUUUAAGUAACAGUACAGAUUACAGAAUGGUGGUGGAUUGCUUAUCCAUUCAAGGCUCAGCAGCUAUAGUACGGAAGCAGGAGCGAAGAUUAGGUGGGUCAGUAGGUGCCAAAAUGCAACCUAACAAUGUUGGUAGUUGUGGUGGCAUGACACCUAAGGAACUUUCUGACAAUGAUGACCUAGCUACUUCUCUCGUGCUAGAUCCUUAUUUAGGAUUUACCACCCAUAAAAUGAAUAUUAGGUACAGGCCAUUGAAAGCAAAUAAAGAGGAACUUCGAAAAAUUAUUUGUGAAUUUAUUCAAACACAAAAUUAUGAAAAAACAUAUAAGAAAUUAAUGGGUGGUGAUUGGGGUGCAAGACUUCCACAUACAAAAUCUAAGCAACAACAAAUAAAUUUGGAGAAGCAUAUUUACCGAUAUUUAAGAGUGUUUGAUAAGGAUUCAGGAUUUGCAAUAGAACCGUGUUAUAGAUAUUCUCUAGAGGGUCAAAAAGGUGCCAAAAUUUGUGCAACUCGAAAAUGGUUGAAACACGAUAAAAUAUCCUGUCUAGUUGGUUGUAUUGCAGAACUCAGCGAAAAGGAAGAAGCAGCGUUACUUCAUCCUGGAAAAAACGAUUUUUCCGUAAUGUUUAGCUGUCGAAAGAACUGUGCUCAGCUGUGGUUAGGUCCAGCAGCAUACAUUAAUCAUGACUGCAGGGCUAAUUGCAAGUUUGUGGCAACAGGAAGAGAUACAGCUUGUGUUAAGGUACUUCGUGAUAUUGAAGUGGGUGAAGAAAUUACUUGUUUCUACGGGGAAGAUUUUUUUGGGGAUGGUAACUGCUAUUGCGAAUGUGAAACCUGCGAAAGAAGAGGAACUGGAGCCUUUGCAAAUCAAAAGCCAGGCGAAGAACUUUCCUCUGGAUAUCGUCUAAGAGAAACAGACAAUCGUAUUAAUCGUACGAAACAUAGACAACAACCAUUAAAUCGCAGUAAACAACAAGCGGAUACUGCACUUACAGAAAGAAAUGCGGUGCUUGUUGGUAACGCCGCAGUUGCACCACAGAGUCUUAGCAUGAAGGAGUUACGGAGGAAGGGUUUGACAAAGUAUGAUGCAGAGUUAUUAAUUGCACAAGGAUGUCGGUUUUCUGAUAUCGCUCAGCAGCAGCCCAGUAUAAACAAUGGAGAAAAUGUAUUACAAGCGACCCGCCCACACCCAUCCGCCAUUACUAAUUCUGUAACGAGAAACCUUCGGAAUAAGCAACUUAGUAAAUUUGACAAUAACAAUGGUCACCAAAAUAAUGUCAAAAACAAUCAAACUCUUAGGACCUCCAGGUUACACAAAAGAACAGAAACCAAAAAGAGUAGAGUUUCUGAAAAAGCUAGAUCUCCGUUGAAUGGUUCCAUAGCAAAAAAUAUUGAAAUAGAAGAUAUAAGUCAUCGCAAAGAAGAUUCUGAUAGAGUGGAAGUAAGCGAGGAGAUGGUGUAUUCCAGACUUCAUAAACCGGAUUCUGAAAGCAGCUUGAAUGAAGAAAUCCACGACAUUUGCCACGUUCAAACGCCGCAACAUGACGUAAUAGAAAAGUCCGCUUGUUCUGAUUUACAGAAAGAGUACCCACCUUUACUUGUGAAAAAUAAUCAAGAAUUGGAUAGCGAAUCGAUAAACGAAAAACAAAUCUGUGACAUAGAAGUUAAUUCUAAUUCAGUAGGUAAUAGUAAUGCUUCCGAUUCUAGAAAAGAUCAUUAUAGUACAAAUACCUGUGAUUCAGUUCAUGUAAGUUCCAUACCCGAAACUCGUUUAGAUCAUUUAGAUGUGGCUAGUAACAAAGAAUUAAUUCCGCAAGAAAAGUCGAGGACCUGUCAUUAUAGUUUAUCUUUAACAGAAAAUUCGGAGGAUAUAGAGACUGUGUCUAUGACAGCAAUAAAGUCGGACAGCUGUAUUAGGAAACUUUUAGAACUGGAAAAGGAAGAUUCAGAUGAGAAUAGAGGAAAUAAUUACGAAGUUACGGAGAAAGAAGACUUCUGUAAAAUCGAAGAACAAACGUCUCCGGUUCACAUAAAGUCGCCUAAGAAUACCAACUUUAUUGAAAGUGAUAGAAAUAUUUCCGCACUGUUCGGUACUCAGAAUCCGCUUAAAGAAUCGAAAAAAGGUGACCCCGUACAUUCAGCUGCUUUGAUCAAGUGUUUGAUGCAAAACCAAUCUGAAAAAUUUAAUACGUUUAUUCCAAAUCCUAUAAAGUUUUCGGCGAAAGAUGAUAAUAGUGAGAAUAAUUUUGUUGAAGAUAAGGUGAAUAAUAUAGGAAACAGUAUAGAGAAAAGUGUUGGUUAUCGUGAUACACCACUGACUCAUCAGAAUGAUUUAUUACUUAAAAAUGACGUGUAUAUAGUGAACGUUGAAAAUUCUGAAAUUAAUAUCGAAAAACCAAGCGUUAUUGAAACGUGUACAACAGAUAUGAAUUCUCGAAUGCAACCGUGUAAAGAAAGUAGUACGAAUUUUGGUGUAACAGCGUCCAACACUUACGGAGACGCUGCUACCCUUUUAGAUGGUAGCCAGAAUUUUCUUUUGAAGCAAUCAAUGCAGGAACAUGAUGUAUCGACUGCUACAUUAAGAUCUCAUAAAAGCAGAAAAAAGUUGUUCAGCGACAAGAAGUCUGUCACCUCUGGUUCGAAAGAAGAAUUGGAGACUGCCGUGGAGCACAAAACAGCCGACAAUACGAUUACGUCCGUCUCGAAGACUCGUAGUAAAGUGGUUAAAACGAAAAAUCGCUUAACAAGAAAUCAAAAAAGGGAUCGACAGAAAAUAGCGACAGCAGACAUCGGCGUUGCUGACGAUGAUUCGGGUAUUCAAGGUGAUAUUUAUGAAUUUAGCGAAAAGGAAAGCAAUCUGGAAGACAUUAGAAUACCAUCGAUAAUGCGACGAGCGAAGCAAGAGACUCGCCAGACGUCUAUGCUUACAUCCCAUUUACAAGAAAUGCAAUAUAGCGAUGAAUGCAAUAAAACCGAGCCUCCAGUAUUAGUUCCGCAGGAACCAUGGCCACCUGCGGGUUGUAAUCAAAAUCAGUUUACAGAUUCGGACGGCAGUAGUCAAUCAAGGGAGAACUCGGACGAUGGUGAAAGUCUGAAAAGAUUAUCAACAUAUAACAACGAAAGUGCACAAAAGUCAGCCAGCUUGACAGAGUGUCAGUGGCAAACGAGCAACACAAAUUGCCAAGUUUGUCCAACCACCCCAGAGAGAACUGGCCGGCUAAAGCUCACUCUUCGUAUGAAACGUUCGCCAGUUCUAGAAGAUAUCGUAGAAUCAGGAACGAGUCUUAGCGAAGACAGUUACGAGCCUGAGUAUGAAGUAUUACGCGUGGAGGGUGUCGAGAGAAGUAGACGUAAAAAGAAGCAUAAAACCCGAGACCGUGAAAGACGGCACAAGAAACGCGACUUGAAUCUUGACCCUCCACCGCCGCCAAUGAAAAGGUUGCGCUUGAUUUUUGGCAAUGAAACGCAUACCAUUGAUUUCCCGCAUUCUUAACAGCUAUAAAUAGGAACUCAUUUGGUUUCGCUCAGAACAAACUAUAAACACAAUUUAGCCGCGCGGAAGCAGGCCUCCUUGUCCUGUUACAUAAUUCACUUUUUAGAGGUUUCACGAAGGUAGAAAAGACUCUUAAACGACACGAGUUACUCGGAAGAGACUCCUCGGGGUCUCGACGAUUAAAUUAGAAUGUUUUCGUACUUGCGUUACUAUUCGAUAUUUCAAUUUUCCCUCGCCUCUUGUUCUUCUAACAACGAACGCUUCAAGGCCUAGGUAUAGCCCUUUAUUUCGCAAACAAAAAAAGGGAGUCAAAAAUGGUAACAUUCGGAUAAAUUUUGCAUAGUAUUCGUUGAUUCGCCUGCUAAACGAUUGACACUGAUUGAACAAUUUCAAAUAGAUUUUGUUCACUAUUCUACUCGAUCAUGAUGAAACUAGGUACAUUACGUUGCCCUCGUGGUAAUUUUUUACUAUUAUUAUAUAUAAUUAUUAUUAUUAUUAUUAUUAUUAUUAUUAUUAUUAUUAUUAUUAUUAUUAUUACCGUGUACAUAUAAUUUUGAUACAAGAGACAGACUUGGUAAUCUACGGUCUUUCACUAUCAGUUUACCUUCGACAUUGAUAAAGUUAUUUCG